AUGGAGGGAAUAACUGAACAUGAAGUGAUAGAUGUUGAUAGUGCUUCUGGUGGUUCUGUAAAUGACGAUUCAGACAACGAGGGAUCUUUACCUUCUGAAGUUGAUGACGAACUUCAGCUUGAGGAACCUCUAACUGAGGCAGAAAUAGAAGACCUUAUUUCUGAGCUUUUAGAAGUGGAGAGUAAGGCUGCGGAGGCCCAAGAAACUCUUGAAGAAGAAUCUCUUGCUAAAGUGGAGAGUGAAGUUAGACAAGAGUUGAAGCAAACUCUACAAGGGGAUGAUCUGGAAACUGCUGUUGCUGAUGAGAUGGCUACUUUUAAAGACGAGUGGGAAGCUGUUCUGGAUGACCUUGAAACUGAAAGUUCCCACUUACUGGAACAACUUGACGGGGCUGGAAUUGAGCUCCCAAGCCUUUAUAAGUUGAUUGAAAGAGACGCUCCAAAUGUCUGUCGCACCGAAGCAUGGAAAAAGCGGAACCAUUGGGUUGGGUCUCAGGCAACUACAGAAAUUGCCACAUCAGUUUCUGACGCUGAGAAAUAUCUACAAAUAAACAGACCUGUUAGAAGGCGACAUGGAAAAUUAUUGGAAGAGGGUGCUAGCGGCUUUCUCCAAAAAAAAAUUUCUCCGGAAACGCAGGAACCUGGAAAAAAAGAAACUGAGGGAGACUGGGAUGUGUUCAAUAAAAUAGUUUCUGAUGGGAGUGGUAUUGGUGCUUCAUUUGGUAGUAAGACUUGGGCUUCUGUUUACUUGGCCAGUACUCCACAGCAAGCUGCCUUAAUGGGACUUGAAUUUCCUGGAGUUCAUGAGGUGGAGGAAAUCGACGAUGUCGAUGGCAAUUCUACAGAUCCAUUUGUUGCAGCAGCUGUUGCAAAUGAAAGAGAACUAGAACUUUCUGAAGAGCAAAAUCGACAUUUUAAAAAGGUCAAUGAAGAGGAUGAUGCAAUUGUUGAUAGGAAGCUUCAAAUACGUUUGAAACAUAGGAGGCAUCAAAAGAAAAGUAAACUGCGAGAAACAAGCACACCUAUCCAGUCAAUGGAGGGCAAUGUACAGAAGCCUUCACCUGUCGAUCAAUUUAAUCCUGAUACGAAGGAAGGAUCUCGAGUUGAAGGGGAAGUUGUGUAUGACAAUAACAAGAGAGGAACCAAGCGUCCAAAUGACGGUGAGCUUGAUGCUGAUAACAAGAAGUACCGGACUGAUAUCAUCAUCAGCGACGAUGAUAUAUCCGCUUCCAGUUCUGGCAGUAGUGAUUCAGAUAGUUCAGACGAUUCAGAUGAUUCUGAUUCAGAUUCAGAUUCAGAGAUAGCGCCGGUUACAAUAAGCACUAAACGAAGACGCAAAAAAAAGAUUAGGAGGAUACUUGAUGACACUGAAUUAGGAGAAGAGACAAAAAAGAAAAUAGCCAUUGAAAAGGAACGUCAAGAACGCCUGAAAUCUUUGAGAGUACAGUUUUCUGCUUCAUCAUUUGACAAAAGCUCGGCUGGCUGUAAUGGAAGUUCAUCUGAAGGUGCAAGCGUUGAAAUUCUUGGUGAUGCACUGGCAGGUUAUAUAGUCAAUGUUGUGAGAGAAAUAGGUGAAGAAGCGGUUAGAAUACCACCGAGCAUUUCAGCUAAGCUAAAGACCCAUCAGAUUGCUGGAAUAAGAUUCAUGUGGGAAAAUAUAAUACAGUCAAUCAGAAAAGUUAAGUCAGGAGAUAAAGGUCUAGGGUGUAUUCUAGCUCAUACCAUGGGCCUUGGUAAAACAUUUCAGGUCAUAGCUUUCUUGUAUACGGCAAUGAGAAGUGUUGAUUUGGGUUUAAGAACUGCUCUUAUAGUCACACCUGUCAAUGUGCUACAUAAUUGGCGGAUGGAGUUCAUCAAAUGGGCACCAUCAGAAUUAAAGCGACUCAAGGUCUUCAUGCUGGAAGAUGUAUCAAGAGAUAGGAGGGCACAAUUGCUCUCAAAAUGGAGAGCAAAAGGCGGUGUAUUCUUAAUUGGCUAUACUGCUUUCCGGAAUUUGUCUCUUGGAAAGAACGCGAAAGACCGUGAGACAGCUAGAGAUAUUUGUCAUGCUUUGCAGGACGGACCAGACAUUCUUGUGUGUGACGAAGCCCAUAUCAUAAAAAAUACUAAGGCUGAAGUUACUCAUGCCUUGAAACAAGUAAAGUGCCAGAGAAGAAUUGCACUUACAGGAUCACCUCUUCAAAAUAAUCUCAUGGAAUAUUAUUGUAUGGUUGAUUUUGUCCGAGAAGGUUUUCUUGGAAGCAGCCAUGAAUUUAGAAAUCGCUUCCAAAAUCCUAUAGAGAAUGGUCAACACACUAAUUCCACUCUGACCGAUGUAAAAAUUAUGAACCAAAGGUCUCACAUCCUCUAUGAAGAAUUAAAAGGCUUUGUCCAAAGAAUGGACAUGAAUGUUGUGAAGAAAGACCUACCACCCAAAACAGUUUUCGUGCUAACAGUCAAGCUUUCUCCCUUACAAAGAAAGUUGUACAAGAGAUUCCUUGACGUGCACGGGUUCACUGAUGUCAGGGAAAAUCAUGAAAAGUUAAGAAAGAGGAGUUUUUUUGCUGGGUACCAGGCAUUGGCUCGGAUAUGGAACCACCCUGGGAUCUUGCAAUUGACAAAAGAAGACAAGGACUGUGUAAGACCUGAAGAUGCUGUCGAGAAUUUCCUUGUUGAUGAUAUCUCAAGUGAUGAAAAUUCUGAUUCUAAUGUACUUGCUGGAGAGAAAUUGAAGCAUACAAAUGAUUUGCUGCAAAAGAAGAAUGGUGAUGGCUUCUUCAUAAAGGGCUGGUGGAAAGAUAUUCUUCAUGGAAACAUUUAUAAAGAGCUUGAUCAAAGUGGCAAAAUGGUUUUGCUAAUUGAUAUACUUACGAUGAGUUCUGAUGUGGGUGAUAAGGUGCUGGUUUUUAGUCAGAGCAUACCAACCUUAGACCUCAUAGAACUUUAUCUCUCAAGACUACCACGACGUGGCAAACGAGGGAAGUUGUGGAAGAAGGGAAAAGAUUGGUAUAGGCUGGAUGGAAGAACAGAGAGCUCAGAAAGACAGAAGCUUGUUGAGAGAUUUAAUGAGCCUUUGAAUAGAAGGGUAAAAUGCACACUAAUUUCAACCAGAGCAGGCUCUCUGGGUAUUAAUCUUCAUGCAGCUAACCGUGUUGUUAUAGUUGAUGGUUCUUGGAAUCCAACAUAUGAUCUGCAGGCUAUAUAUCGAGCUUGGAGGUAUGGGCAGAAAAAGCCCGUGUUUGCUUAUCGGUUGCUGGCUCAUGGAACUAUGGAAGAGAAAAUAUACAAGCGCCAGGUUACAAAAGAGGGGCUUGCUGCUAGAGUGGUAGAUAGACAGCAGGUGCAUAGGACCAUAUCUAAAGAAGAAAUGCUGCAUCUCUUUGAGUUUGGUGAUGACGAGAACCCUGAGACUUUGGCUGAACUAAGUAAAUAUGAUGGACUUACUUGUGAUCAAAAUAAUCCGAUUUUGGCUGGGGAUUCACUGAAACAUACCGUACCACAUUCAAAUGGAAACGGUUAUUCUGAUAAGUUAAUGGAAAGCUUACUGGGCAAGCAUCAUCCCCGCUGGAUUGCCAAUUAUCAUUUACAUGAAUCCCUGUUGCAAGAAAAUGAAGCGGAAAAACUGUCGAAAGAAGAGCAAGACAUGGCGUGGGAGGUGUAUCGCAAAUCGCUAGAGUGGGAAGAAGUUCAGAGAGUACCGCUUGGUGAGUCUGUGCCUGAUCAAAAGGAAGAAGUGUCAAAGGAAGAAGAACCAAAUGAAUCAGAAGAUUUCUGCAUUUCAACUAAGCUGAGAAAUCGUUUCACAACACGGCAAUGCACCAAUCUUGCGCACUUGCUGACACUUAGAAGUCAGGGAAUAAGAUUUGGGAGCAGCACAGUCUGUGGUGAAUGUGCCCGGGAGAUAAGGUGGGAUAACUUAAAGAAGAAAUAG